UUAAACAAAUUUUAUGAUAAAUCUGCCGAAGAAUUGGAUUUAUUUCGCAACCAUUUAAUAACGAGAUUAAGACGAUCUGAAUCUGAUCUCAUAAAGUAUAUAACCUCUCAAAAGUCGUACAAUAAUUAUUAUAGCGUUAAAUUCAACGGCAAAAUGAAUUCUUUGCGGCCAUCACUCGAUUCCUUGUGUGAUAUUAAAGCCAAUAUUCUUACAAAAGUCCAAAAUUCCGAUUCCUUUCGCGACUAUCGCUUCCAAACAAUAUCUGAAAUAAUAAACGCCAAUCAAAUAAGUGCCAAAUUUGGUGCCAAAGAGUGUGCGAUUGUCUCGAGUUCUGGUUCUUUAGUUGAUUCUGUUUUGGGUGAAGAGAUCGAUAGCCACGACAUUGUGUUGCGGUUUAAUAACGCGCCGACACUGACCUACGAGGAAGAUGUCGGCUCUGAGACCACAAUUCGUUUACUCAAUUCACAGAUUUUGUUGAACGAAAAAUUUAAUGUAAUGUCAGAUAUGAUGUAUAGAAUUGGUUUGAAACUGGUUUGGGACGCCUCUGACUAUCAAUUCGAUGGCAAUCAAUGGUUUAAUAAAAGCCGCAAAUUCUUCCAAACAUAUCAACGACUUGUGGACACAUUUCCAAAUGAAACGAUCGGUAUAUUAGAUCCGCAGCUCAUUUGGAAGUCUUGGGAUUUACUCCAAAAAUCGACAAUGAAUUCGAUACCGAAAAAUCCUCCGACUUCUGGAUUCUUAGGGAUUAUUGUUUUGUUAAACGUUUGUUCAAAAGUAGAUAUCUAUGAAUACAUUCCUUCCUUAAGACUGAGCAAUAAAUGCCAUUAUUAUGACACCACUAUCGACACCGGCUGUACGUUUGGACACUGGCAUCCAUUAUCGACCGAAAAGCUAUAUUUAAUGGCAAUUAAUGAAUGCAAUGAACGCGAGUCUGUUCUCAAAGGAAAGGUAUCCCUCAGAGGUUGUCGUGAA